AUGGCCCUGACCAUCACCGCCGUCUCCUUCCUUGCAACUCUCUGCUACCUUUACCCGGCCACCGUCUUCGUCUUCGCCGCUAUUGCUUCUCUUGUCGCCACCUGUACCGGCCAGGAUUUGAAAGACAAUGAGAAGCCCCUGCGACCCAGCAAGCGCGUCGUUGUUUUCUCCCUCGCGUUGUUUCUCGCCACAUAUGCCGCCCAGCUAGGUCUUCUCUGUAUCCACGCUAUUCUAGCUCGCGCCUGGAACGUCGAUGAGCAUGUCAUCAUCGGCCGUCUAUCAUGCUUUCUCGUGUUUGGCAUCCAGCUCAGUCGCAUCCUCGACUCUGACCGUCCUUCGCCGAUCCCCUUGUGGGGUUCUGUUGCACUGGCCUUGAUCUUCGAAGCCAUCAUCAUCAUUUGCUCAACUAUUUCCGCCACCACCAGGUUUGCCGGCUUCUGGGUUCUCUCCGACUUUAUCUUGGGCGUUUUCCGCUGGACAAUACUCGCAGCGCUCGCUUCCGCCACCAUCUUCGCCUGGUGGACUGUUCCAGCCUCAAGCCCGGAGACAGACUCUCUCUUGCCCAAAGACAACCAACCAAAUGGCUACGGUACGCAACCUGAAGAUGAGGCAGAGUACAGCUGGCAACGAAGCCGGCGUGUAGCCCGCGAGACUAUGGAGAAGCGGCUCAAGCAAGGUGGCAACUGGUUUCAAUACGUGAAAGGGUUCACGAUUCUAUUCCCUUACACUGGCAUCAUCAUGGAUAGUCUCGGCGGUAUCAACGAUGUCAGCCCAUGGACUGCCGUCUUGACGUACGCCGUCCUACGUCUGGCCUCGUCAGCGUGCGGCAUCGAGCUCAUUCGACAGUGGCUUUGGGUUCCUGUCAAGUACUUCUCACGCGAUGCCUUGAGCCGCGCCGCCUACUCGCAUAUGAUGCACCUCUCCGCCGACUUUCACGACUCCAAGAGCUGCUCCGACAUGCUCGUAGCCAUCAAUGGUGGCAGCUCCGUCUCCAACGCUGUCGAGAGCAUCUUUCUUCAAGCCACCCCCAUGGUUGUCGACAUGAUGGUGGCCGUUGUGUACCUCUCAGUAACAUUUGGACCCUACGAAGGGCUCAUCACCAUGGCGACUGCCACCAUUUUUCUCCAUUGCGCUGCCCGCCUUGUGGUCAAAUCCAAGCCUGUCAACCGGAACAGAGUUAAUGCCGUCUAUGAGGAGUAUCGCAUCCGCCACGCAGGCCUGUCGGGCUGGCAAACUGUUUCUGCAUUCAACCAGAUAGGCUACGAGGACAACAGACACGCUAAUGCCACAACAAAUCGCUGGCUUAGGGAACAGCAAUUCAUAUUGGACUGGCACGUUUCGAGUGCCUUUCAGACUAUUGUACUUUCCUCUGGACUUUUGGCAUCCGCCUUUCUCGCUGUCUACCGUAUCCAGGAUGGCCGCGCCACCUCUGGUCAAUUCGCCAUGCUGCUGAUGUACUGGGCUCAGUUGACCUCCCCGUUGCAAUUCUUUGCCAAGCUGGGCAAGAGCAUGAGUGACGACUUUAUUGAGGCCGAGCGUCUGCUCGACAUCAUGAAUACCAAGCCCAGCGUCGAGAACAAGAAAAACGCCCGCCCUCUCAAGUUCGCCUUCGGCAAGGUCGAAUUUGACAAGGUUUGCUUCAGCUACGACGAGCAAAAAGGUGUCAUCAAAAACGUCAACUUGGAAAUUCCUAGCGGCCAGACUGUGGCAUUUGUGGGAUCCACGGGAGCCGGUAAAUCCACCCUGCUUCGUCUGCUCAAUCGUUGCUACGACGUAAAGAGCGGUGCGAUCCGCAUCGACGGACAAGAUAUUCGAACGGUGGACCUUUUCAGCCUUCGCGACCGCAUCGGCAUUGUUCCUCAAAAUCCUAUUCUCUUCGAUGACACCAUCAUCAACAAUGUUCGAUACGGCAGAAUCACGGCCACUGAUGAAGAGGUAUAUGACGCGUGCAGAGCCGCUUGCAUUCAUGAUAAUAUCAUUGGCUUUACCAAUGGAUACCAAACCCGUGUUGGGGAGCGUGGUGUGAAGCUCUCUGGAGGCGAGCUUCAACGUGUUGCCAUUGCGCGUGCUAUUCUUCGUAAACCUGAUAUCGUGCUGCUUGAUGAGGCAACCAGUGCGGUUGAUACCGAUACGGAACAGCAGAUUCAGCUUUCUUUCAGGCGUCUCUGCCAAGGACGCACUACCUUCAUCGUUGCCCAUCGCCUGUCGACCAUUAUGAACGCCGACCGCAUUGUCGUGAUUGAGCACGGAGAGGUGAUUGAGAGCGGCAGCCAUCACGAGCUGAUCGGUGUCGGUGGACGAUAUGCCGAUUUGUGGUCUAAGCAGGUUUCUGUGCCCAAGGGCCCGACUGCGGACAUUGCCCAGGCUUCGGAUGAUGAACAAAAGGACUUGAAAACAAACUUCUCGCAGGAAAGCACCCAGGUCUCUCGCACUGUUAGUGACAGUGGAGACGAAACGCCCUUGUCUGAGCAUGACUCCAGGGACGUCGUCAACCACACCACACCGAGAACCAAGCGCGGCCAUAUGACGAGAGCUUCUAUUGACAGUGAUGCUAUGAGCAAGGCCUCGAAGCUUAAUCCCGUGGCUCCCGAAUUUACGCCGCGCACCAUCUCCCAAAAUGUGGUUACCAAGACAAGCGACUAUGAUAAACUGAGCUUGUCAGCCGAGAGGGCACGACUCUGGGCUGACGAGGUUGCCGCCGCCAAGGCAGAUGAAGGGCAACAUGAGCCUGUACUUCCCACGUCUAGCACCGAAACCGAAACCGUGGACGAAUCAAAAGGCUCUAGCGCUUAG